UCGAGCCGCUGCCGGUUCCCGGUGUCACCGGGGGGGGUGAUGGGCACGGGGCGCUGCCGGUGGCGGCGGCGGCGGCGACAAUGACGGUGCCGCUGCUGAAGAUCGGGGCCGUGCUCAGCACCAUGGCCAUGGUCACCAACUGGAUGUCCCAGACCCUCCCGUCGCUCGUGGGACUCAACGGCACCGCCGUGUCCCGGGCCGGGACAUCCGAGAAAAUCACCCUUUUCCAGAGCCCAGACGAGGGCUGGCAGGUUUUCACCUCGGCGCAGGCUCCGGACGGGAAAUGUCUCUGCACUGCCGUGAUCCCCGUGCAGGGAUCCUGCUCCCGCGACCUCCGCAGCCUCCAGCUCCGGCAGCUCCUGGAAAAGGUGCAGAACAUCUCCCAGUCCAUGGAAGUCCUGGACCUCCGCACCUUCCGGGACCUGCAGUACGUGCGGAACACGGAGGCUCUGAUGAAGGGCCUGGACUCGCGGCUCCGCGUGGCCUCUGAGGGCCACAAAGCCCUCAACGCCCGCAGCUUCCAGGAUCUGAAGGAGAAGAUGCGGGAGCUGCUGCCACUGCUGCCGGUGCUGGAGCAGUAUAAGGCGGACUCGCGGCUCAUCGUGCACCUCAAGGAGGAGGUCAGGAAUCUCUCUGGGAUUCUCCUGGCCAUCCAGGAGGAGAUGGGAGCCUACGACUACGAGGAGCUGCAGCAGCGCGUGCUGCUGCUGGAGGCGCGGCUGCACGCCUGCCUGCAGAAACUGGGCUGUGGGAAACUGACAGGGGUCAGCAACCCCAUCACCAUCCGCGCCUCGGGAUCGCGCUUUGGAUCCUGGAUGACUGACACGAUGACGCCCAGCACCGACAGCCGGGUGUGGUACAUGGACGGCUACUACAAGGGCCGGCGCGUGCUGGAAUUCCGCAGCCUCAGCGACUUCGUCUCCGGCCAAAACUUUGUCCAGCACCUCCUGCCUCACCCUUGGGCCGGCACUGGCCACGUGGUCUUCAACGGCUCCUUGUACUACAACAAAUUCCAGAGCAACGUCGCCGUCCGCUACCACUUCCGCUCCCGCAGCGUCCUGGUGCAGCGCAGCCUCGCCGGCGCCGGCUACAACAACACUUUCCCCUACUCCUGGGGUGGCUUCUCCGACAUCGACUUCAUGGUGGAUGAGAACGGCCUCUGGGCCGUCUACACCACCAACCAGAACGCCGGGAAUAUCGUGGUGAGUCGCGUGGAUCCGCACACCCUGGAAGUGCUGAGGAGCUGGGAUACGGGGUACCCCAAACGUAGCGCGGGCGAGUCCUUCAUGAUCUGCGGGAUUCUUUACGUCACCAAUUCCCACCUGGCCGGCGCCAAGAUUUAUUUCGCUUACCACACGAACACUUCCAGCUACGAGUACACGGAUAUCCCCUUCCAUAAUCAGUAUUCUCACAUUUCCAUGCUGGACUACAACCCACGGGAGAGGGUGCUCUACACCUGGAAUAACGGCCACCAGGUCAUCUACAAUGUCACGCUCUUCCACGUCAUCAACACGGCCGGAGAGCUGUGAUGGACAUUCCCAAGGGGAGAGAGAGAAUUCCCAGCUUUUUGUUUUCUACGCUUCCACGCUUCCCCUUUACCGUCUGCUGAAUAAUUCCGGAGGGAUGCAAUGAUGAGGCGGAAAUUCCCAGUUCUCAGCGAGUCCCAAACUGCAUUUCCCUCUUUUUUCCC